GAUUUCGACACCGUACAAAUUCUAAAAUGGCUGGGCGUUUGCCAAUUGACUUUAGUUCAAAAUAACCCACGAUUUUACCACGGAUUUCCUUCUAAUCGGCCAGUCCUUUACAUCAUGGACUUCCCAGAGGUUUCUCUUCUCUAUAACGAGGAAGAAUACGCCAAAACUCCUAAAAAUCAGAAGGAAAUCUUCAUCUAUGAAUGGCUUAGGAACUUGGAAAAUGACCUGUCAAACGUCACCAGGCCAAAAGUCAAAAGCUGCCAAAAGGAGUUGACGGAGCAACUGACCAAGCAGCUUAAUGUAUCCCUCGGCCCUCCUACCAGGGAACUACUGGCCAAUUGUUUUGCUAUAAUGUACAGUAUUGGGGACACCUUUGCUGUCUUUGAGACUGUCAACAAAUGUACUGACAUAAUCAAAAACAAGGAUGAAUCUCCAACUUAUUUGCCCUUUAAGCUCACUGCUGUUGCUUGCAUCGGAGCAAUGUUUCAAAAGCUUGGUAGAAUGGUUGGUGGCUCUUGUCAAGAAACUGUCCAGAUCCUCAUCAAGGCAAUGAAAAACUCAGAGUCUCAAGGAAAGUGUGAAAUACUCUUAUGCCUGCAAAGGAUUAUGGAUGGAAUUGGACAAAUGGGAACUUCAGUCCAUAAAGAUGUUUAUAAAGCUGUUCGUAAUUGCAUGGCAGAUAGAUCAAUGCCUGUACGAUGUGCUGCCACCAAGUGUGCAUUGGGUCUCGUCAAACAUGCUACAUUCCUCUACACCAGUGAACUAGAAACCAUGGUAUCAACAUCCCUAAAAGCACUUGAAGGUUCUAACUACGAUGUCAGGAUUUGUGUAUCUCUGUUCCUGGGUACACUGAUGGCUGCCACCCAACAGCCUCCUUCAGGGGGAAGCAGUAAAGGCAAAAGACUAGUUACAUUGGAAGAAGUCUUGUCUUUGAUGUCUGGUGGCUUUCUUAGGGGUGGUAUCGGCUUCUUGAAGGGCAGUGGUGGGGAACUACUGAAGAGUACAGCUCCUAGAGAAGUUAGAGUAGGAGUAACACAGAGUUAUGUGACUCUCUUCAAUGAAAUGGGAGGCACAUGGGUGAGAAAGAAUGUUGGUCUUAUCCUGACGCAUGUCCUUGAACUACUGUCCAACCCCAAGGCCACCAACACUCAUGUAGAUGCUGUAUACUCCAGGCGCUGUGUGUCAUUCAUCCUACGUGCAGUUCUGGGACGCCUGUUGGAUGACUCGUCACAGAUGGAAGCAGCAAAGGAAAUCUGUACGCUCAUUACAAAGAAAAUGAACAUUGUGAAUAGUAUUAUUAAUAGUUACACAGACAGUAACACACCCAGUAGUAAUAGUAUACAAGGAAUGGAAGAUGUAAUAAACACUCAGCAUGUUUUGAUAUGUGCUCUACAAGAACUUGGGUGUCUAAUUCAUGGUCUUGGUACAUCGGCAUUGUCGUUAGUCACAGAAAAUAUCUUAGACCAUGUGUUGUCAGUAUUGUUGCACCCAGCUCCGGCAGCACAGCUUGCGGCAGCCUGGUGCCUGAGGUGUGUGACUGUUUCCGUACCCUCACAAUUAACACCUACUGUGGAUAGGUGUGUUGAACGAAUAAAUGGGCUCAAGGCAUCAGGCGAGGCUGUGGGAGGGUACACUCAUGCACUAGCUGCUCUCAUUGGUGGAGUGUAUCAGUGUCCUCUUGGCAUACCCCAUGCAAAAGGAAAGCUUGUUUUUAGUGUGGUGGAAGAGUUGCUGAAGACAUCAACUGUCACGCCAAGAUUAGCACUACAUAAAGCCAAAGCUGGUUGGGUACUGCUUGGAGCACUUAUGACCCUAGGGCCAUCCGUGGUGAAGCAGCACCUACCAAAGAUGCUUGUUCUGUGGACCAAUGCCUUCCCUCAGUCUACCAAGGAAUUUGAACAAGAGAAGAACAAGGGAGAUUCAUUUACAUGGCAUGUUACUUUUGAGAACAGAGCAGGAGCUCUAUGCUCCAUGUCAAGUUUUGUGUCCAACUGUUCUGCGAUGGUCACCCCAGAUCUCGUCCGUAAGCUGCUUGUUCCUCUGGAGUCUUGUCUAUCCAUGAUGACCAGUUUACCACAAAUCAUCAAACAACAUGGUAACCAUUUAAAAGCAAGCAUCGCGAUGAUUCGCUUGCGCAUGUACACUAUGUUUUCCUUGCUUCCACCCAAAACAUAUGAGAGUUAUUUCCAUAGUCUUCUUCGUGAACUCGUCGCGGAGUUCACUCUGGCGGAAAACCCAUCGCUUACCACGACAUCGUUACUCCGUACGGUAUGUCACAAAGAUGAUACGAUUCUUCUUGGUACCUGGUUACAGGAGACAGAUCAUAAAUCUGUAGAAGAACAGUUACAGCCCAAUAGUGCUUCUGGUUCUGGAGCACUUGAACACGACCCGUCCUGUGUAUAUGAACGCUGUCCUCAGGGUGAAGAUUCGCCUGGCCCCCUUCCCUUGGGCGUGGCUGUGAUUGACGCAUCCAUCAAGCUGUUUGGAUUCAUCUUCCCUUAUGUUGCUCACAAACAUCGCAGUCAGUUGCUAUUGCACUUUGCGGAGUGUAUCAGGCAGGCCAAGUCCAGUAGACAGCAAGCCAUACAGACCAAUAUACUAACAGCAUUCCUUUGUGCAUUGAAGAGCUUAGCUGAAGCUAAGGUGGGAUUAGGCGGUGACGACGUACGAAGCACUGCUACAAACCUAGUAAUGGAUGCAGUAACCAACCCUGAUCCCAUAGUACGGUGUGCCGCAGGUGAAGCAUUGGGCCGUAUCGCCCAAGUGGUAGGCAACCCUACCUUUACUUCAAGCAUUGUUCAGAAGAUUUUCGAACAGCUCCGGUCUGCACGUGAUGCUGUCUCACGGACAGGACAUUCGGUUGCACUUGGAUGUUUACAUCGGUAUGUUGGAGGCAUGGGAGCAGGCCAUCACCUCAAUACGAGUGUCAGUAUACUACUGGCUCUUUCCCACGACAACUCGUCUUCUAUUGUCCAGGUUUGGGCCUUACAUGCUCUAGCAUUGAUAGCAGACAGUGGAGGACCAAUGUUCCGUAGUUAUGUUGAACCAACAUUGUCCCAAGUAGUUGACCUGGUACUAGUUGCUCCUCCAGCUAUGACCGAGGUUCAUCAGUGCCUGGGUAAAGCACUGGCCGCUUUGAUUACUUCUAUUGGACCGGAGCUUCAAGGUGGAUCUGCAAAGAUCAAAGUUCUGCGGUUGCAGUGCGUCGUGUCAUGCGCAAUCAUGCAGAAUCACCCAGACUCCCUCGUCCAAGCAGAGGCCAUCAAUUGUCUCCAGCAACUCCACGUGUUCGCUCCCAGUCAUGUCAACCUUGUAACGGUCGUGAGAAGACUGUGCACGAAUCUCUCCAGCCCCCAUCUGCUACUGAGAAGAGCCUCGGUUGCAUGUUUACGGCAGUUGUCGCAGCGUGAGGCCAAGGAGGUCUGUGAACAUGCUAUGACGGCGGGUGAAGAACGUAGUAAUCAAAUGGCGAGAUAUGGCGUCCUGAUUGGAGAUAAGGGACUAGAAGGUGCCCUGUUUAGUAUGUUAGACACAGAAACCGAUGUGCGCAUGCGCUCUGACAUCCAGUACACGCUGACCAGUAUGCUGCAGACACUAGCACCUUCUAACCUUACUCAUUGGCUUGGUCUUUGUCGUGACGUUCUGUCUGCCGCUAAGGCUAAUAAAGGUUUACCACAAGAUCAAAAGACAGAUAGUCGUAGUCGAGGUAAAAAAGAAGGCAAGGAAGAAGACGACGAAGACGAAGAAAACGAGGAAGGCGGAAUGACAUUGAAUGAAGGGCCAGAAGAGACCCACCCUAAAGUGAGCCCUCGAUGGCCGACGAGAAUCUUCGCCACGGAAAGUGUCAGGAAGAUCAUUGCUGUGUGUCAACCAAAUCGAGCCCACAUUGAUUUAGUGUUGGCUAGGGAACUGAGACAAGAAACUGGUGAAGAUUUUCUAGUGAUGCAUUUACAAGAGCUGGUGAGAAUGGCUUUCAUUGCUGCCACAGCCCAAAGUGACCAACUAAAGCUUGAAGGACUACAGACAUUACAGGAUAUCGUCCACGUGUUUGCUGCAGUCCCAGAUCCUGACUAUCCUGGUCACGUGAUUUUAGAACAGUUCCAAGCUCAGGUGGGUGCUGCCUUGCGUCCGGCUUUUGCACCAGACAUGCCUUCUGACGUCACAGCCAUGGCUUCUGAGGUCUGCAGUGCUUGGAUUGCUAGUGGUAUUGCUAGAGACCUUAAUGAUGUUCGCCGCAUCCAACAGCUACUCGUCACUAAGCUGUCCAAAUUUAGUGUCAGUAAAGAAGCGGCACUGCAGUUGUAUAACGAAGCAGCUACCACCAUGGAGAAGCUAGCUGUGUUGAAAGCUUGGGCAGAGGUGUAUAUUGUAGCCAUGAAGCAAAAGUCUUCACCACCAGAGCCAAAGCCAGAAGGAGAAGAAUUAGCCGAGCCACMUGGUUCAUUGCUUCAACUUGUAGAACCGGAGCUUAAAUCCUUGAGUAAAUACUGGCUUGGGGCACUGAAGGACCACGCCCUUUUGACAUUACCCCCCGAGUAUGGACCACAGAUGCCUGCACAGGGAGGGAUGUUCUACAGUCCUGACUCGAUGGAUCAAGCCCGCCCUCAUUACAGAAACUGCUGGCCUUCGUUAGUCCACGCGACAGCACUGUGGCUCAAUAAUGGCGGCUUUGAGAUGACCAAAGACGAGCCCGUACAAAAUGAUACAGAUUUCACAGGUUUCUCCGGCGUUUCCAUGGUAACAACAGCAAAGACCCCGUCAGAGAUCAACAAGGAUCGAUUUCACUUAUUGGUUGGUAUAUGUAUGGAGUCGCUGUGUUCAUCUCGAUCAACACAGUCUAAUGCUACUGUGUCAGCCUGCUUACACGCCUUUUAUAGUCUGCUGGACUCUCCCAAACAACGUGUUAUCAUCGGAACCGAGCAGAUGUUAGCAGUAGAGAUGUUGAACGUUCUACAUCGUAUCAUGUUGACCAGAGACACACAUGAUAUCCAGACGUCCGUGAUCGAUGUUGUUCAGCAAAUCACAAAGGCGAUGCAGGAAGCCCAACAGAGUCGACUCGAGGCCUCUAGGUUUGCAAACGGUGAAGAGAAAAUAAGCUUAGGUGAAGAGAACUUGUCACCAGGCAAGUCAGUGGUUUUUGGAAUCAUGGAGAUUUGUAUGUGUGUCCUGACAAGACACUUUCCUGUUCUUGUUCCUCCGUCGCCCACGAUAAAACGAAGCAGCGGUCUUUUGGUCUCUGUAAACUCAGGCAGUAAAGGAUUCUCAGAGGACACGUCCAAACUCAUUUCCAACGCAGUUUCUGCCAUUGCUCUCGUCCCAGGACUCUGCUCACCAAAAGCAUCAGUGGCAGUGUUGCCUAGUGUACUGUUCCUGGUAACGAAUGUCCUACGCGAGGUGACGUCGACGAGCGGUCCUGGGUCACAUAUCAUCGUGCCUUCAGCACUUCAAGCAUUUAAAUUGUUGACUCGUUCCCAAUACGCCGUUGAUCCUUGCUGUUCGCAAGAAUGGAUCGGGCUUCUUCGAAGUGCUCUAGCGACCAUUCUAGACGCAGCCAAAGCCGAUCAAGUCGAAUUUCCCUCUAAAGAAAUGGGUGCGACAUUGGAUGACUCUGUUGUCAUGUUGGCUUUGGCUAUCUUUAUCCUGUCUGCACCAAGAGAUGUUAUUUUAGCAGGAAACUUGCUAGAACAGUCUUUGAAUGUGUUUCGUCGAUGCAUUAAGUCCACAGACUCUAAGUUACAGCUCAARGCCAUCCAGACAGUAGUCUCCAUAUUCCUGUGUCCAGAGCGAAGUGUGUCUGUUCCAUUCAUUCAGUCCCUUGCACCUCACAUCGUCAUGCUCCUCAACGAUGCAUGCUUCGACAAACCAACCAAUGAAACACAGCUAUCUCUUGUUACUGAAGCGAUCAAGACCGUGGAGGUGUUGGUGGAGUUGACAGAGGAUCAACUUAGAGUUCAUCUACUGGGUCUCUUGAUACCAAUACUAGUUCACCUUCUGUCUGAUAACCCUUCAUCUAAUAAAAUAACCAAGUCCUUACACGAAUACUGUCUCCAGAGGAUAAUGAAAAUAGGACCGCAAUACCCUCAGCCGUUCAAGACGAUCAUGACCUCGGCACCAGAACUUAAACAGCAAUUAGAAGCGGCCAUCAGGGCACAUCAAGCCUCCAAUCAAACUAAAGUUCCGAAAGCUCAACCCAAGGUCGCACCUACACAACCUUCUAUUAAACUUAGAAUGGAUUUUAGUAACUUUAAGUAGGAAGAUGAGAGAUGAAAAUAUAUUCUGCGGCACACUAUUUGAGGUGUUCUCCUGAAAAAAAUCGUUAGAGAAGAUUUCAUAUAAGCUAGAGAGUAUGCAGAMUUCGUGCCAUGCCGUGUUGUGCCGCGUAGAGACUGUGACGUGUCAUCUGAUUGUUUCAAUGGAUUGUGUCAAUUCCGUACCUUGGCUCCGUUGUGUGCGUGUGUGAUGACGUUUUUACUUUCAUACGAAAUCGACUCCCCUGCUUAAAGCUUAAACAGGGCUGCUAUUGGUGUCUUGUAUGGUGAUCCUGCUUUCCUAACAUCUCGUUAGUCGUCAAGCCCUUGGACAUGACACGGGCAUUCUCUAAAGAAACACAACUUGAAGUUGGCGCGCUCUACUCCCCUGCUCUAUCUUGUAAGAUGUAACUAAUCCUUGGCGCUAUUGGGGUCUUGUAGAGUGAUCUUGCUUAACUAUCGUUUUGUUUGUCGCCUAGUAUAGCCUUUACGCAUGGCUCAGGCAUUUUUGAACAAAAAACAAUUAGUGAACUUGGCGCGCUUUGGCAAAAUUCCCAGCGAUUGAUCAGUACACAUGGUGUUAAACACGUUUUCAUAUUGGAUAGACUUAAACUUGUGGAGUUUUACUAUAGAUUAGAUUUCGCACAACUGGCUUCUGAACCAUACGUUCGUUACCAUAGUUAUGACUAUACCUCUGAUCGUUUGCUAACUAGGAAUAAUUUGGUGCACUUAUUGGCUACAUAGAUUUAGUAAAUUUUGUACACCACCAUGGCUUGUAUUGUGCAAUUUUAUCUUGUGUUGGCUUGUUAAAAAGUUCAAGCAAAGAAAGAGAAACCUUUAUGCUGACAUGCA